CCGCCAUCAAUUUCGAAAAUUAUAGGCUCAUAUCCUCUCCCAACCCAACACCCUCAACCCUAACUCGCCAAACCUUGCUUGCGACGUCGACUGUGGUCGGGUUGGGUUAUUCGUCGGAUUCUGAGUGAUUGUUGUCGAGUUGAGUUCUUCGAGCGUUGGGUUUAGGGUUCUUCAAACCCUAGCUACACUAUUCUUCGCUUGGGUUUUGAGCUGUGAUUGUUGGGCCAGUUGAGCUCCUAACUCAGAUAUCAAAGUCUGCUCGAGCGUUGUUCCUUCAACUCUAGAUCUGAUGGCUGCCAGCAACAAUAAUGCCCCAACCGCUAUGGACAAAGAACAGAUAUUUGGUAUGGCAGAGAAGGAGAUGGAGUACAGGGUAGAGUUGUUUAACAAGCUCACUAACACUUGUUUCAACAAGUGCAUUGAGAAAAGGUAUGAAAAUCUUUGUUCUAUUAUUUCCUUGAGUGGUCUUGAUAAUAAGUUUUCUGGCAGACAUAGAUUUGUCCAGCACAUUCUAAGAUUCUUGUUGAUUUCUUUUCAAGAUGGCUCUCUUUUCGUACACAAGCAGAUUUUUAGAAUCUAUUACUAUAUCUGAUGCAUGGGAAGCUGUUUUAUCAGGAUGGUAGUGAAAUAGAACUUUUCUGUUCCAGGUACAAGGAGUCUGAGCUAAAUAUGGGUGAAAAUAGUUGCAUUGAUCGCUGUGUUUCAAAAUAUUGGCAGGUAAGCAGUUGGAUAUUGAGGUUGUUCUGAUGCAGUAGAACUUUGUUAAUUAUAAUUUGGUCAGUCUUAGUUGUCACCACUAAACAGUGGAUCAUAUUUUCUUCUUUGUUAUCCAGAGAUUUUUUCUUUUCAGACAACGCUCAUGUUGUUCCCGUUUCUCUUAUCCAAGCCUUUUCUUUCUCAUUAUUUUGUUAGUCUUCUUUCAAGGUUUGUAGUUUUGAAAUUCUGGAAGAAAUUCAGUUUGAAUGCAAUAUGAGAACUUCUAAAAAAUAUAUCUUUUAUAAAAAAUGAAUGGUUGAAACUUCCAAGUUGA